AAUUUUGUCUCUUUAUUAUUAUAUAGAUAUAGAUAUAGAUUGAAGAUGCUUUUAUAUUUAAUAAUAACUGAAAAUGUGAGAGAAAGUGAGGGCUUAGAAAGGGAAAGAAAUUAUCCGAACAACGGCCUCCUACCGCUGCCACGUCACCGCAUUUGCCUCAAGCUUUUCUCCCAUCCCAUGGCUUCCCUUCUCUGCCCCGCCUCUUCCUGCCGCUCCGCUUCCUUGCGCCGCACAGCCGCCUCCCCCGCUGCACCAUCCUUACCCUCAAGUCGGCACUACGGAGGCGCAUCCACAGCCCCGCUCGCGUCCCCAGUCGCCUCUCAGCCGCCGCGGGCCCUUGCCGCGGCCUCUUACGACUACGGCGGCGACCUGCUCAGGCCCAUCGACACACAGACGAUCAUCAUAGCCGCCGCCGUCGUAUCCGCGGUCGCCCUGUCUCUCGUCUUUGGCCUCAAGGGCGACCCGGUGCCGUGCGAAAGGUGUGCUGGGAAUGGGGGAACGAAGUGUGUGUUCUGCAACGAUGGCAAAAUGAAGGUGGAAAAUGGAGUCGUUGAGUGCCGCGUAUGCAGAGGAGCAGGGUUAAUACUUUGCAAGAAGUGUGCUGGUUCUGGAUACUCCAAGCGAUUGUAGCGGAACCCCAGUUAGCUGACAUUCUGUGCAGUUUUUACAUCCGAACAGAUGGAGUUUGUACAAAUAUAUAAACUCUCUUCUCCGUCUGCAAAUAUAUGUCCAGGCAGAGAUGAGCUUGAAGGGAAGCUGAUUUACAGUCUGCUGAUAUAUUAUCAGUUGCAGUUCAUUAAUUAUGCGCUUCUUCUCUGUUAUCAAACUGUUCACAAAAGGUCUCGUGUUUGUGUGAAAGAUUUUAUUAGGCUGCAGCUUCAUUAGUCAUAACACUAGCGGCCACACACAAGUGGAAAACUUCUUCUGGAUUCAA